UGUUUAUGAAAUAAAUACAUGAAAGUUAAAUAUUGAGACCUAAACAUGAAUUUAGAAAAUGUAGUGGAAUAUUUUGAAUCUAGUGAUGAAGAACUUGAACUCGUACAUCAAGUGCUAUCAUAUGCGCAGGCACUUGCAAUGGAUGAAGCUGAAUCCACGCCGCGAUUUGGAGGAUCUCUUCCUGGGAAGCGCCCAAACAUCGAUCGAAAGGCAGAGGAAGGAGCUCAACGUUUGUACGACGAUUAUUUCUCGGAAUCGCCUGUUUACACAGACGAGCAGUUCGAAAGGCGUUUUCGUAUGUCCAGGCGCUUGUUUCUCAGAAUUGCGAAGGCUUUGGAGCAAAACGAAUAUUUUCUUCAAAAACCUGAUGCAACUGAUUUGUACAACGGAACUCUACCGGAAAUCACGUAUGUAAUCAACAAUCAUACAUACAAUACCGGGUACUACCUCGCCGAUGGUAUUUACCCACCGCUGGCUACUUUAGUGCAAACGAUUUCGUCACCCGUUGGCCAAAAACGUAAACACUUCGCUACAAUGCAAGAGUCCGCAAGAAAAGACGUGGAGCGUGCGUUCGGUGCUAUGACUGAGAAAUUUGCCAUCAUCAAACAACCCGCCAGGUUGUGGAACAAUGAAGACCUCAACAUGGUCAUGCGCUGCUGCAUAAUACUUCACAAUAUGAUAAUAGAAGACCAACGUAAUGAGCCUACACAUUUUCCGCACAGUUCGUUUCAUGGCAACAUCUUUGAAUCUCCCAAGAAUAAUUCAGAAUUCGGAGAAUUUCUGUCAAGAUAUGAAAAAGUGCACGAUACUACGCUUCAUUACCAAAUUCAGAACGAUUUAAUUGAGCAUUUGUGGCAAAUCAAGGGAGAAACGGAAGAGGAAUGAUGGUACACAAAUGCUAAUGCGAAAACUUUAUAAAAUCAGUACUUUUUUUUAAAUAACUGCUGUUUUCUGUUUUAAACGAUAACCUACCGAUUUUAAUGGUAACUUUAACCAUUUGAAUAUCUAUUUUUCAU